AUGGCGUCCUCAGACGAAGAAUCUUACUGCAAACUGCCUCUCGGAUUCACUGGUGAAAUCGUGGCAAUGGUUUUGUACACUUCGCUUAUCAUCAUCGGAUCUUCAGGAAACAUGUUCGUGAUUCUUGCCAUUAACCGGACUCCAGCUUUAAAGAACGUGUGCGGAAUCUUGAUAGCAAAUGUGGCAGUAGCUGAUCUGAUGGUUACAUCAGUAGUGAUGCCUUUAGUUGUGUAUGUCCAUAUUCAGGGGUUUUUGGAUAGGUGCACUUUCCUUACCCCGGUUUUCGUUGCCUGGAUAAUAGCACUUUUCUCCGCUGGUUCCUCGCUACUGACGCUAACUGCCCUCAGUAUGGAUCGGUGCUUUGCUAUCUGUCGUCCGAUGAGACAUAAAACGAUUGUGACUAAAACAAAGGCAAAGAUAGUCACGGCAAUAAUAUGGAUGGCAUCUUUGACCCUUCCUCUUUUAGAAAUCUUCUACCAUGGAUCGGCUCUCGCAAAGUAUCUUCAGACCGUUGGUGUGGUGUGCUGUUAUUCCAUCAUAGUCGUGGGCGGUAUUUUUACGGUCAGGCAUGUGCGUGCAAAGUCACGACAAAUAGUAUCACUACACCAGGAUCAAGGAACUUCUCACCUCACUGCAGCUUUGAACCAGAGGAACAAACAAGUCGCAAAGACAAUUGCACUUGUUGUGUUUUUCUUCACUCUCUGUUGGAUCCCAAUAGCGUAUCUUACAGGUAUUGAGAUCAACGAAGCCAGGAACUACAGAGUCUAUUUCUGGUUCGCUACAGUGGGACUCGCUAACUCAAUCGUGACUUUGUUCUUCCAUGGAAAACUGUAUCGUGGCAAUCGAGCCUUGAAGGUUGAUGCACGCAGAUUUGGUGCCUUUGACACUCCAAACUGUCCUCCUUUGGCAACAGUAGAAGCUGGUAUUGAAAUUGAGUGGGAGGAGCUCUUUUAUGAAAAUCAAGCAAGUAAAUUUCAAAUCCACACAAAGAUGAGUUCAAGAAUAGGAGUGCUGAGAAUUUUCCCUGGAAUUACGCAAGAAGCAGUUUUGGUGGAAGCUGGUGUAAUCUCAGGAAAUGAUAUGACGGUUGAGGCAGCGCUAACCAAACUCUCCUAUGUACUUGGACAUGAUGAGCUCUCGCUGGAAGAGAAAAAAGAGAUGAUGAAAAAGAAUCUACGUGGAGAGUUGACACUGUACAAAAACGAAAAGAUGGAACAGUUUUCUUUCCGGGACAAUGAACUGAUCGAUGCAGUAGCUUCACAUUUCAAAGUUGGUUCAACCGAGGAAGUGAGGUUCAUCAAGCAAGCGUUAUUUCCGGUGUUGAUGUGUCACGCUGCGGGAAGGGGCGACAUUGAUGCUAUGGAAGAGCUGCGUCAGCAGGGUGGUUUAUUAAGCGUUGCCACCAGUCACGACGGUCGCACCCCAAUUCAUGUAGCAUGUCUGGAGGGUCAGCUGCAAGUCAUUCGGUACCUUCUGGAGAAAGGCGCCUCACCGCACGUUUUCGAUCAUCACGGACAAACCCCUUUGCACGAUGCUAUUCGUAGUGCUAAUGAGGAGGCCAUUUUACUUCUCAGGGAGUUUGGGGCUCAUUUAGGGCCCACCACAGUGAAUACGGCCCUUCAAAUAUGCUCCCUUGCCGCUGAUGACAAGGUGGAUAGAUUGCGGGCCUGGCACUUAGCCGGGGUUGAUUUUAAUGUUGGUGACUACGACAGGAGAACGGCUUUGCAUGUGGCUGUUUGUCGAAAUAAUGUGAACACAGUUAAGUUUCUGUUGGAGUGCGGUGUUGAUAUGAACUUGCGCGACCUGUACGGCUUUACACCACUGAAAAACGCCGAGCUUUUUGAAAACAGAGGAAUGAUGGAACUACUCCAGUCGGCGGCACAAAAGACGACUGAAGAAGCUGACAAGUCAAGAGGAGCGACAAAGCUCGUGAGGUUCACCAGUUUUCAUUCCGUGUCAUAAGAGAUCCGGGCUUGAAUUGGUUUUUACUUCAUCUACUCGGAAUUCACUGUGAUUGGUCUAUGAGUCGC